AUGAACCUGACUAUUCAUGGUAUUGCACAUUCAAACAUUAGAGAUGGCUGGCAACUCCCUUUACAUGGAAGCUACGAAAGAUAUACAAUGAAGAUAUUGGAUAAUAUUUACGAGACACUUCAAAAAGAAGAAGAUAAGAUAUUUCAUUGGAGUGAUCUUCCUUCUUUGGAUAAGUGGAUUCAUCACUAUAAUCAAUUUAACUCAACCAAAAUUAACACAAUGACUAAACUAAUGAGAGAUGGUAAAUUUAUAAUUGUAGGAGGUGGAUGGGCUAUGAGUGAUGAAGCACUCCCUUCUUAUAAAGAGACUAUGGUUCAAAUGAGAACUGGAUUGUCAUUUUUAAACCGUCAUUUCUAUCAAAAGCCAACAAUAGCAUGGCAAAUUGAUUCUUAUGGUCAUUCUUCUGCAACAAUCUCUGUUUUAAGAAAGCUUGGAUACGAAGCAAUGGUUGGAAACAAGAUUUCAUCUGAUUACAAGAAGAAGCUUGAGAAUGAGUAUGGAUUUAAUUUUUAUUGGCAAGGUCAUCGAGUUUCAGAAAAUCAUGAAGAUGAUAUCCUUCUUACACACAUUUUAACAAAUGAUUACAACAGUCUGAAUGUAUGGAAUGAAGGAAUGGCUCUCAGCUCAAACAUCCAAGAAGAGAAGGCUAAUAUUUAUGAAAGAGAAAUUCGCCCAUCUCUGAAUUCUAUUAGCGUGCUAAGUAACAAUGAAGCGAGUAAUUUUAAUUCAAUGGUUUGACUUGGAGGAGACUUUUUCUUUGUCCAAGCUCCUCAAUUAUUCAAGAAGUACAAUGAGCUUCUCAAUAGCCUGAGAGUAGAUGCUACAGAGAAAAGAAUGAUAGUUGAUUCUAGAUAUAGCUCCCUGUAUGAUUAUUUUGCAGGAGUUCAUAAUUGGGAAAGCAAGUCAGGAUUGUUCAGAGGAGACUUCUUACCUUAUAACGAACCUACAAACACCACUGAAGACUUCUGGAGCGGGUUCUACUCUACCAGACUUCACCUGAAGCGCUAUAUCAGAUACGUGUUUAAUCAGUUGCAGGCUUUCAAGAUCUUUGUGGGUGUUAUGCAUAGUAGUAAAGGCUCAAUUAGUUCUUCCUUUCAAUUUCGUAAUACAACUUACAAAUCUAAACCAUAUGAUCUAUUGAUUGAAGAAACUCAAAAGAAAUGGGCUUCAUUGCUCAGCCAUGAUGCUAUUACCGGAACUUAUGAAUUUGAAGUUGAAUCAAGCUAUUAUAAAUCUCUUAAUGAGACUCUGGAUAGUUUCAAUGAAGUUUUUAAGUCCUAUUAUCAAAACCGCUACCCUUAUCGCAAUCGCCGCGAUCAUAGAAAUUCAGAUUUGCUAGGAAAAAUUGCGAAUUCAAACAAUAAAUGAUUAGGCUAUAUGUUUGUAAACCCUUCUACAUACACCAGACACGAGGUAAUGAACAUAACUCUUCCUAACGACUACAUUAACAAACAGCUAUUUACAGUGCUCCAGACUACUUCUUCCAACAAAACCAUUCCUAGCUAUAUCUCUGAGCUUUAUGAAAUGAAUGAGAAUACUCAUCAACUUGUGAAGGUUUAUAAAAUAUUCUUUGAACUUGAAAUAGAGUCUCUCUCUACUGCAAUGGUAUAUAUUUACUCGGAUGAACGAGGUGAUCAGUGUCAAAAAGAUUAUAUAACUUGUUCUCAGACAAUAAACGGAUUAAUGAUUAGAGAAGAUUACGACCUUGAAAACACUCACAUUAAGCUAGAAUUCAAUGAUAAUGGUUCACUAAAAACAAUUAUUAAGACCUCAAAUACGGGAGAUAGUCAAAAACAAAGUAUUACAGAGGAAUUCAAUUAUUACAGAACUGAUGAAGGUAGUAGGUCUGGCCCCUAUAUUUUCAACCCAUUGCACAAAAAGACUGCUAUGAAGUUCGACUUAACUGAAAAAUAUGAAUACAAAAUUGGAAAUUUGACAACUAUUCUGCAAGUAUAUUCAAAAAAUAAAGAUGACCAAGCACUUAAGACUUACUCUAUCCAACUGGUUGGAUACACUGCUUAUGUGGAUGACUCAAUGAAGCUUGUUGAAAGACCUAUUUACAACAAGAAAGCCAGAGUCAAGAGAAGCAAUGAUGUUGAGCUGACUGGGUUCUUCACAUACCCCUGUGUAUAUGGAGGAGCUCUCAGAACAACCCACAAUUCAGAGGAUCACUACUUCGGAUGGUCUAAUUCACACUCGAUCGGGUGUACAUUCUCUGAGGAAAACAGAGUGGAAAUAAUGAUUUACAGGAAGUUUGGCAUCAAUGAUCAUAAAGGAUUGAACUCUGUAGACGUUCAGAGUCAUGUGACUGCAACCAACUUCCAGUUCUACAUGCACUCAUCAGAAAACAUGUCUGAGUUUUGGGAUCAGAAGAUAGAAUCAAAUGUGAAAGUAAAUGAGCCUAUAGCUCAAUUCAGAAUCAUUCCUUCUUACAAUCAAUGCCCUCUUUUUAUGUUUAUAACUCCUGCGAAGCUACUGAACGGAAAGCUAGACUUUGGAGGGUUUACAAAGCAUGUUGAAAUCGCUGAUCUUGGAAUAAAUGCAAUCACUCUGUAUAACUCACAGUACAUUGGUGUAUUUAACUUUGUCUUGAGGAAUAGACUUGGAGAAAAUAUCCCUGUGCCUUCUGAUAUAGGUGUCAAUCAUACUUUAGUAAAGAACGAAUAUAUCGAUGUUGUCAAAAAAGGAAAUGACCCUAAGUUUGGAAAUCAAUGUAAUUCAAAUUGGGAAAUCCUUGUGAAUGAUAGACCUCCUCUAAAUACAUUAGACUCAGAGUAUCAGCCAUUUGGUAGUCAAAUCGUUAAUAACUCCACCCUGAAACCAUAUGAAAUGGCUCAGUAUAUGGCAAUUAAUCAUCGAUUUUACCAAUAUCACAUAGAUUAUUAUAAUUCUUUACAACGACGUGAACAUGACCAUGUGACUUGUGAGCCUUUGAGUUUUGUAAAGGCUAUCAGAGGAGUACCAGACUCAUACUCAAGUAAGCAAGGUAUCAGCUUCUCCUGUUUAAUUCUCAUGUCAACUAUUCUCACUUCGAUCGGAUUAGCUGUAUGGCUAUUCUUUGAUUUCAAGAAAGAGAAGAAUCAAAGGGAAGAAGAGUUUCAAAUAGAAAUAAGCGAUGAGAUGAGAAUAGAAGAACUCUAAUUGAUCUAACCAAUCACAGUUCC